AUGAUUGGUGGUAACUUUCCCCUUCCACUACUCAAUCUUACGAAGUUGAAAUUUUUAUCAAUUUUCGACAAUCAUUUCGAAGGUACACUUCCUCCAAACAUAAGUGUACUUUCCAAUUUGAAGACUUUUGAGGCAAGUCACAACACUUUCACCGGAACUCUCACUUCUGCCCUCUUCAACAUUCCUUCUCUGACUUUAAUUGAUUUGAAAGAUAAUCAACUCACUCAUUUUCUUGAAUUUGGGAAUAGCUCUUCACCAUCUAGACUAGAAAGGUUAUUGCUUGGCAAUAAUCAUUUCAAAGGACCAAUACCAAUAUCUAUAUCAAAACUGGUCAGUGUCAGAGAGCUUGAUCUCUCCUAUUUCAACACGGGGAUGUCAGUGGAUUUUGGCAUCUUCUCGCAACUCAAGGAGCUCAUGGAUCUGGAUCUAAGCUAUCUGAACACCACGAGUACUGUUGAUCUGAGUAUCCUCUUCUCACAUCUCAAGUCUCUAUUUAAAUUGGAUCUAUCGGGCCAGCAUGUUUCAGUUUCAAAGAUGGGCUCCAAUUCCAGUCUACCAGCACACUUGGGUCAGUUGCAAUUGUCAGGCUGUGGUAUCACAGAGUUUCCAGAGUACAUAAAAAACCUCCAAUACUUGUCUGACUUAGACCUCUCCAACAAUAAUAUCAAAGGUCAAGUACCACAAUGGCUAUGGAAACUCCCAACGUUAAUGAGCCUAAAUCUUUCCAGCAACUCUUUUACUGGGCUAGAACGAUCCUCAAAUGAUGUCCCAAUACAGGAGAUGAUUAUGCUAGAUCUGAAUUCAAACGCGUUCCAAGGACCGUUAGUAAUCCCGCCAGUCACUACUGAAGCCAUGCUCGUCAGCAAGAACAGCUUUACAGGAAAGAUUCCUCGAUCAAUAUGUGGGCAUAGGUUUCUAAACAUUCUUGAUCUAUCGAAUACCAACUUCACCGGCUCAAUUCCUAGGUGUUUAAGGAAUCUAAAUGGAUACCUUUCUGUGCUUAACCUCCGUUACAAUCAACUCAGUGGAAAUAUUCCAGAAAUAUUUACAAAUGCUACCACGUUAACUUCACUUGACCUCGGUCACAACAGGUUUGUGGGGACACUUCCAAGGUCUUUGAAGGGAUGCUCCGUCCUGGAAGUGCUCAAUGUGGGAGGCAACAACAUCGAGGACACUUUUCCAUUCUGGUUGAGUUCUUUGCCUAAACUAAAAGUUAUGGUCCUCCGUGAUAACAGAUUCAAAGGACUUUUAUACCAUCCUCGUCAUUAUUUUGGAUAUCCCAGUCUGCAAAUCAUUGACAUAGCCAACAAUCACUUCACCGGGAACUUGCCUUCAGAUUACUUUGCAGAAUGGAACAUGACAACAAGUAAAUACUUCAAAGGAUUUCAUUACAUUGGUGACAGUGGAAGCUAUUACCAUGAUUCAAUGGUUUUGAUGAGUAAAGGAGUGGAGAUGAAACUUGAACGGAUAUUUACACUCCUAACAGCCAUUGACUUCUCUGGAAAUAAACUUCAGGGAAAGAUCCCUGAAUCCGUUGGUUUACUGAAGGAUCUUAUUGUUCUUAAUUUAUCAAGUAAUGUUUUCACUGGAAACAUUCCUUCAUCUUUGGCGAAUCUGACUGAGCUUGAGUCACUAGACUUAUCGCAUAACAAUCUUUCAGGCCAUAUUCCACCUGCUCUCGGAGGCCUCACCAGUAUUUCAAAUAUCACAGUUUCGCACAACCAGCUCGUGGGUCCGAUACCGCAAAGCACGCAGUUUCAAACGCAAUCUGCUUCAUCUUUUGAAGGAAACCUUGGACUAUGUGGUCUUACUCUCAGUGAAAAAUGCGGAGAUGACGUGGAAAAAGAGCAACCACAAGAACUAGUGUGA